AUGGGUUGUGCUACAUCGAAACUCGACGAUCUGCCAGCAGUUGCGCUAUGCCGUGACCGUUGUGCUUCUCUAAGUGAAGCUAUUCAGCAGCGGUUUGCUUUGGCGGAAGCUCAUAUGGAUUAUAUCCAUUCGUUAAAGAGAAUUGGUGAUUCGCUACGUGUUUUUAUUGAGCAAGAGAAUUUUAGUAGUUCUGGUGGCGCUGGUGUUCCGUUGUCUCCUAAACUGAAUUUACAUCCGAAUAAAAAAGGUGAGGAUUUCAGAGUCGUUGGAUCGAGUUCGCCUAAGAAAGGUCAUCAUCAUUCUCAUUCUAAUUCUGGCUCUCAUCUUCAUUUUCAUUCGGACGAGGAUGAGGAUGAUGAUGAUGAUGAUAUUUUGCAUCUUCAUCAUUCUGAUAACUCCUCGCCGUUACAUAGUCACGGCGAGGAGGGGGUGGUGGUGGUGGAGGAGAACAAGGGCAGCACUCCGUCUGUUGUUUAUGAGCAAAGGCCAGUGAGCUCUGAGACUGUUCAUUUUGGUGAAUCUUCGUCCUCUGCUGAUUAUAAUAAUUAUUCGAAUAGCGGUUAUGGGAUGAGUAAUUCGAGCCCUUAUGGUUAUUCUGGAUAUCCAAAUUAUGGUGGUGGUUAUUAUAAGUCUGGGAAUCAGUUUGGAUCUUCACCUCCACCUCCUCCGGCAGUGGCUUCCUCUUCGAAGCCACCUCCGCCGCCGCCUUCUCCUCCACGAGCUUCAGCUUGGGAUUUCUUGAAUCUGUUUGAUAGUUAUGAUAGGAGUUAUCCACAGUACACGCCAAGUAGGAACUCGAAGGAGUUGAGAGAAGAGGAGGGGAUUCCGGAUUUGGAAGAUGAGGAUUACCAACAUGAAGUUGUCAAGGAAGUUCAUGGGGAUCCGAAGUAUAUGGAUGGGGCUAAAAGUUCUUCAAAAUCACCUGUAAUCGACGAUGAGGAUGGUAAGGCUGGAGGUGAGACUGAAGUGUCUGUUUCGCUUUAUCAAACUAGGCCCAGCGUGGCUACGGAGGAAGAUAGAUUGGAGUAUGGGGUUGAUGUGGUGGAUAAGAAAAUUGUUGAUAAUGAGAGGUCCGAGGAUCGAAGCAAUGCCGGAUAUAUGGGCCGAGGAGGCGGGCCACUGGAAGUGGCUAUUGAAAUUAAGAUUCAGUUUGAGAGAGCUUCAGAGUGUGGGAAUGAAAUUGCGAGGAUGCUUGAAGCAGGAACGCUCCGUCAUCAGCGCAAACACGCAGUUUCCAAGAUGUUGCAAGGAGUCGCUCCUCCAUUAUCUGUAUUAUCUUCACAGCCUUCUACUUCUGGAAGUGCUGAGGCUGGUCUACCUUCCUUGGAGAUUGAUGAAGAAUUGAUGAUGAGGUCGAAAAAUCUUUCUUCGACCUUACAUAAGCUAUAUCUUUGGGAGAAGAAGCUCUAUCAAGAAGUUAAGGAAGUUCAAAUAGCUACUUCCCAUGUGAUGCACGUUACUUGGUCUUAUGACAGUAUUCUGCUUUUGGUGGAAUCUGGAAUUAUGAUACUGAUGUACUUGGCCGAGGAGAAAAUGCGGGUGGUUCACGAGAAAAAGUGUCGUAAGUUGAAGCGGUUAGACGAGAGGGGUGCUGAAGCUCACAAAGUUGAUGCAACUCGAACUUUAAUCAGGAGUUUGUCAACAAAAAUAAGAAUGGCAAUUCACAUUGUAGACAAGUCAUCGGUUACAAUAAACAAGAUUAGGGAUGAAGAGCUAUGGCCACAACUAAAUGAAUUGAUUCAUGGGUUCUUAUACUCAGAGGGUAGUGUGUGCCCUAUUUCAAUGAUGCUUGAUCUAGCUAGCAAAAGCUCUUGGUUAACCAGAAUGUGGAAGAGUAUGCUUGAAUGUCAUCAUAAUCAGUCCCAAGUAAUUAGAGAAGCCAGAGGCUUAGGUCCCAUUGGAUCAGGUAAAAAGCUCAGUGAUAAUCAUCUAAAUGCCACACUGCAGCUGGAGCGUGAGCUUCUUAUUUGGACUUCCAGUUUCUCUCGUUGGAUCGGUGCCCAGAAAGGUUAUGUGAGAGCCUUGAAUAAUUGGCUUCUCAAGUGUCUUCUAUAUGAACCAGAAGAAACACCAGAUGGCAUAGUUCCUUUCUCUCCUAGCCGGAUGGGUGCACCCCCUGUGUUUGUAAUCUGUAAUCGAUGGGCACAAGCUAUGGAUAGAAUAUCUGAAAAGGAAGUAAUCAAAGCUAUGCGUAUUUUUGCAAUGAGCAUUUUUCAACUGUGGGAGCAUGACAAACUAGAAAUGCGUCAGAGACUGGCAACAAACAAGGAUUCGGAGAGAAUAGUGAGGAACUUGGAUAGGGAGGAUCAAAAGAUACAGAAGGAGAUCCAGGCAUUAGACAAGAAAAUUGUCCUGGUUGGUAGGGAUGGUACUGGAAGCAUUGUAUAUCAAAGUGAUACUAGUAAUAGUAGUCUCCAGGGGAGUCUGGAACGCAUUUUUGAGGCCAUGGAGAAAUUCAUGGCCGAUUCAAUGAAGGCUUAUGAUGAGCUUGUGCAGCUUAUUGAAGAAGAAAGGCUUGCUGGAGAUCGUGAAAGAGUUUCAUAG